AGGCGGACUCGGCCAUUCAUCUUGUCAACUUCGAGCAUUUCCACCAGCUUUUCGCGAUUGUCGGUCCAAAAGGCAUCCCAUUGAAUCAGAAAUCCAUCCCGUUGCGUGUCUUAUUCUUAGGGGAUUUCCAAGAGCCAACCAACUCGUCUGGCUGCAUCGGCCGUACUUGACAUCGCGCGACGGAUCGCGGCGCGAUAGACAACAUCAACAAUCACGAGGCUUCGGACUCCAAAGGCUCGAGGAUGUCGUCCUUUCCACCGCCUCCACCCCCUCCUGGAUGGGGACCGCCGCCGCCGCCUCCUCCACCUCCAGGCCCUCCAUCAGACUUCCUUCCACCGCCGCCGGGAGCACCGGCUCCUCCCCCGCCUGGGUACCGACCCCCUACCGACCUGCAGACCGCGAAAUUUGCACAAAAAAAGAAGGAAUGGCUUCGGAACCAACGGAAUCGUUUCGGCGAGAAACGCAAGGGCGGCUUCGUCGAGACUCAGAAGGCGGAUAUGCCCCCUGAACAUCUGCGUAAGAUCGUGAAGGAUAUUGGUGACGUUUCCCAGAAAAAGUACACCAGCGACAAACGGAGUUAUCUCGGCGCUCUGAAAUUCAUGCCACAUGCGGUCAUGAAGCUGCUAGAGAAUAUGCCAAUGCCGUGGGAAUCAUCGAGAGAAGUCAAGGUCUUGUAUCAUGUGAACGGGUGUCUAACCCUCGUGAAUGAGACUCCUCGGGUCAUUCCACCUGUCUUCCAUGCCCAGUGGGCUACAAUGUGGUUAACCAUGAGGAAGGAGAAGAGCGACAGGAGACUUUUCAAGAGGAUGAGAUUUCCGCCGUUUGACGACGAAGAACCGCCGUUGUCUUGGUCGGAGAAUAUUGAGGACGUGGAGCCGCUCGAACCCAUCCAGAUGGAGCUUGACGACGACGAGGAUGCCGCCGUGUAUGAAUGGUUUUAUGACCAUCGGCCCUUGGUUGAUACCGAGCAUGUAAACGGCCCGAGCUACAAGCAGUGGAAUCUCACGCUACCACAAAUGGCCGCCCUUCAUCGGCUCAGCCGCCCGUUACUGAGCGAGACUGUCGACCAGAAUUACUUCUACCUCUUCGAUUUGAAGAGUUUUCUCACUGCGAAGGCCCUGAACGUCGCAUUACCCGGCGGUCCCCGAUUCGAACCUUUGUACAAAGAUAUCGAUCCAAACGACGAGGAUUUCGGCGAGUUCAACGCUAUCGACAGAAUCAUCUUUCGUUUCCCGAUCCGGACCGAGUACCGAGUCGCUUAUCCGUACCUUUAUAAUUCCCUCCCGAGGAGCGUACAAUUCAACUGGUACUCUCAUCCACAAAUAGUAUAUACGAAAUCGGACGACCCCAACCUACCGGCGUUCCAUUUCGACCCUAUGAUCAACCCCAUCUCUUCCCGUUCGGUCGCGCCGAAGAACGUUACUGUCAGCCACGAGGACGAGAUUUUUGGUGCCGGAAAUCUUCAAGAGCUCGAGGACGAUGCUUUUCAGCUACCACCUGGCGUUGAGCCGUUCUUGGCUGACGAGGAACUCUACACCGAUAAUACGUCGUCUGCUAUUGGGCUUUGGUGGGCUCCUUUCCCGUUCAACCGUCGAUCUGGUAGAAUGGUUCGGGCGCAGGACGUCCCGCUCGUAAAGCAGUGGUAUCUCGAACAUUGCCCUCCAAAGCAACCGGUCAAAGUCCGAGUUUCGUAUCAAAAGCUCCUAAAGACAUUUGUCCUCAACGAGCUACACAAGAAGAAGCCCAAGGCGCUCAAUCGGCAAAAUCUUCUGAGAAGCUUAAAGCAGACCAAAUUUUUCCAGCAGACAACGAUCGACUGGGUCGAGGCUGGCCUUCAGGUUUGCCGGCAGGGAUUCAACAUGUUGAACCUCCUUAUCCACCGAAAAAACCUCACAUACCUUCACCUCGACUACAACUUCAACCUUAAACCGGUCAAGACGUUGACAACGAAAGAGCGAAAGAAGUCCCGGUUUGGCAACGCGUUCCAUCUGAUGCGUGAGAUACUGAGACUUACAAAGCUCAUUGUUGAUGCGCAAGUGCAGUACCGCCUCGGUAACAUCGAUGCUUUCCAGCUAGCCGAUGGCAUUCUCUACGCAUUCAACCACGUUGGUCAGCUAACUGGUAUGUACCGAUACAAGUAUAAGCUCAUGCAUCAGAUUCGGUCAUGCAAGGAUCUAAAGCACCUCAUAUACUACCGAUUCAAUAGUGGGCCUGUUGGCAAAGGACCCGGUUGCGGGUUCUGGGCGCCAGCCUGGAGAGUCUGGCUCUUCUUCAUGCGCGGCAUCAUCCCCCUUCUUGAGCGGUGGCUGGGAAAUUUGCUGUCCCGUCAAUUUGAGGGCCGCCACAGCAAAGGGGUGGCUAAGACUGUCACUAAGCAGCGUGUCGAAUCUCAUUUUGACCUUGAACUUCGGGCUUCCGUGAUGGCCGACCUCAUGGAUAUGAUGCCCGAGGGCAUCAAGCAGAAUAAGGUGAAUACAGUUCUUCAGCACCUGUCUGAAGCCUGGAGGUGUUGGAAGAGCAAUAUACCGUGGAAGGUCCCCGGCCUCCCCGCGCCCAUCGAAAACAUCAUUCUUCGUUACGUCAAGUCGAAGGCGGACUGGUGGAUUUCCGUGGCUCAUUACAACCGUGAGCGUAUUCGGCGAGGCGCGACCGUCGACAAAACGGUGGCGAAGAAGAAUGUCGGCCGUUUGACUCGUCUCUGGCUGAAAGCCGAGCAAGAGCGGCAACAUAAUUAUAUGAAGGACGGCCCCUAUGUAUCCUCUGAGGAAGCUGUGGCGAUCUACACAACAACGGUGCACUGGUUAGAAUCUCGAAAAUUCACGCCGAUCCCAUUUCCGAGCGUAUCGUAUAAACACGACACGAAGAUUCUGAUCCUUGCUCUCGAAAGACUACGGGAGGCAUAUUCCGUGAAGGGUCGUCUCAACCAAAGCCAGCGGGAGGAGCUAGCGCUCAUCGAACAAGCCUAUGAUAGUCCUGGCACGACGCUUGAGAGAAUCAAACGAUUCCUACUUACUCAGCGAGCCUUCAAAGAAGUGCAGAUCGAUAUGAACGACAAUUACAGUACCAUCAACCCUGUCUACGACAUAGAACCUAUUGAGAAAAUUAGCGACGCAUACCUUGACCAGUAUCUCUGGUACCAGGCUGACCAGCGACAUCUCUUCCCGGCUUGGAUUAAGCCGUCAGACUCCGAAGUGCCGCCAUUGCUUGUAUACAAGUGGGCCCAAGGUAUCAACAAUCUUGAGAAGGUCUGGCAAACUGCCGACGGGGAGUGCAAUGUCAUGAUCGAGACCGAGCUCUCUAAGGUCUAUGAAAAGAUCGACCUUACCCUCUUGAACCGGCUUCUGAGAUUAAUCAUGGAUCAUAACCUGGCGGACUACAUCAGCUCGAAGAAUAACGUACAGUUGACCUAUAAAGAUAUGAAUCAUGUCAACAGCUACGGCAUGAUCCGCGGUCUCCAAUUCUCAGGCUUCGUCUUCCAGUACUAUGGCCUCGUCCUGGAUCUUCUGCUCCUCGGGUUGAAUCGUGCUAGCGAGAUUGCUGGCCCGCCUUCAAGUCCGAACGAUUUCCUUCAAUUCCGGGAUCGCGAGACAGAAACAAAGCACCCAAUUCGCCUGUAUACAAGGUAUAUCGACAAAAUCUGGGUCUUCUUGAGGUUCAGCGCGGAAGAGUCCCGAGAUCUUAUCCAGCGUUUCCUUACAGAACAGCCUGACCCGAACUUCGAAAAUGUCAUCGGGUACAAGAGCAAGAAGUGCUGGCCGAGGGACUCCCGUAUGCGGCUGAUGAGACACGACGUCAACCUCGGGCGUGCUGUCUUCUGGGACUUGAAGAACCGUCUCCCUCGGUCUGUUACUACGAUUGAAUGGGACGACACUUUCGCUAGCGUCUAUAGCCGCGACAACCCCAACUUGCUGUUCUCCAUGUGCGGAUUCGAGGUUCGCAUCCUUCCGAAGAGCAGAAAUCAAAAUGACGAGUUCCCCAUCAAGGACAGCGUAUGGUCUCUGGUGGAUAACACCACCAAAGAAAGAACAGCACACGCUUUCCUUCAGGUUACGGAAGAAGACAUCCAAAAGUUCAACAACAGGAUCCGUCAGAUCCUGAUGUCAUCGGGGUCAACCACAUUUACCAAGAUCGCCAACAAGUGGAAUACUGCCCUCAUCGCGCUCUUUACCUACUACCGUGAAGCUGCUGUAUCCACAGUCAAUUUGCUGGAUACCAUCGUCAAGUGCGAGACCAAGAUCCAGACUCGGGUGAAAAUCGGGCUGAAUUCCAAGAUGCCAUCACGUUUCCCUCCCGCCGUCUUCUAUACGCCGAAGGAGCUGGGUGGUCUAGGAAUGAUUUCGGGCUCUCACAUUCUCAUCCCUGCGAGCGAUAAACGAUGGUCGAAGCAGACGGAUGUUGGCGUCACCCAUUAUAGGGCCGGUAUGACCCACGACGAGGAGACGCUCAUCCCCAACAUUUUCCGAUACAUCAUUCCUUGGGAGGCCGAGUUCAUCGACUCGCAGAGAGUUUGGACGGAGUACUCGCAAAAGCGACUGGAAGCCAACCAGCAGAAUAGACGUCUCACGUUGGAAGACCUCGAAGAUAGUUGGGAUCGAGGGUUGCCUCGUAUCAAUACCCUAUUUCAGAAGGAUCGGAGCACGCUUAGCUUCGAUAAAGGAUUUCGAACUAGAAGCGAGUUCAAAGUUUAUCAGCUCAUGAAGAGCAAUCCCUUCUGGUGGACGAGCCAGCGCCACGAUGGCAAGCUUUGGAAUUUGAACGCAUACCGUACCGAUGUUAUCCAGGCUCUGGGCGGUGUUGAGACCAUCCUUGAGCAUACCCUGUUCAAAGCGACAGGCUUCCCCUCUUGGGAAGGCUUGUUCUGGGAGAAAGCUUGCCUUGCCAAUGGGACAAUGUUGCUGCGGUACAAUCACACUCGCGUUGCGGUCGAAGACGUAAGGGAUGGAGAUCUGCUCCUGGGUCCCGAUGGAGGACCCCGCCGUGCGUUCAAUGUGGUCAGCGGUAAAGAUCGCCUCUAUCGCAUUAAGAUCGCCGGUCGCCAAGAGGAUCUCGUCGUUACGCCAAACCACAUUCUGGUGUUCUACAAGCAAACCCACGGGAGACGUGAUACGGAAGCAGUCUCAGCGAGUGAGCGAUGCAACAGCGCUGAAAUGACGGCUGCCCAAUUUGCUGCUCUCGGGCCCAAAGACAGGUCACAAUACAAACUCUUCAAAGCUGAGCGUUUCCACCCCCACACCUACAGCUUUGCUGUUGAAGAUAUCGUUCUGGAGCAAGAGGCCACAGAGUGGGCAGGCUUCAGGGUUGAUGCAGAUCAGCUCUACCUGCGACACGACUAUCUCGUGCUUCACAAUAGCGGUUUCGAGGAGUCCAUGAAGUUCAAAAAGCUUACCAAUGCGCAAAGGUCCGGUCUAAACCAGAUUCCCAACCGUCGAUUCACACUCUGGUGGUCCCCGACGAUCAACCGAGCAAACGUUUACGUCGGUUUCCAGGUCCAACUUGAUCUAACGGGCAUUUUCCUCCACGGCAAGAUUCCCACCCUCAAAAUUUCGUUGAUCCAGAUUUUCCGCGCACAUUUGUGGCAAAAGAUACACGAAUCUGUAGUCAUGGAUUUCUGUCAGGUGUUCGAUCAAGAACUGGAGUCACUUGGAAUCGAAGCGGUACAGAAGGAGACAAUACACCCUCGAAAAUCAUACAAGAUGAACAGCUCCUGUGCCGAUAUUCUCCUCUUCGCAAGCAAUAAGUGGAAUGUUACCCGACCGUCUCUAUUAUACGACACUAAAGACACCAUCGAGCCCACAACUACCAAUAAGUUCUGGCUAGACAUCCAGCUUCGGUAUGGCGACUACGAUUCUCAUGAUAUCGAGCGUUAUACUCGUGCGAAGUAUCUGGAUUACACAAACGAUAGCAUGAGCAUAUACCCCUCGGCAACCGGUCUUAUGAUCGGCAUCGAUCUCGCGUACAAUCUCUACUCUGCUUACGGACAAUAUUUCCCAGGUCUGAAGGUUUUGGUGCAGCAGGCUAUGGCCAAGGUCAUGAAGGCCAACCCGGCACUUUACGUUCUGCGUGAGCGUAUCAGGAAGGGUCUCCAACUAUACGCCUCAGAGAGCAACCAGGAGUUCCUAAACUCCCAAAAUUACUCCGAGUUGUUCAGUAAUCAGACAAAGCUCUUCAUCGACGAUACCAACGUCUACCGCGUCACCAUCCACAAGACCUUCGAGGGCAACUUAACCACGAAGCCCAUCAAUGGUGCGAUAUUCAUCUUCAAUCCGCGAACCGGCCAGCUGUUCCUGAAAAUUAUCCAUACGAGCGUCUGGGCCGGACAAAAGCGUCUUGGUCAGUUAGCCAAGUGGAAGACGGCCGAAGAAGUCGCAGCUCUCAUCCGAUCUCUACCCAUCGAGGAACAGCCAAAGGAGCUCAUCGUGACUCGCAAGGGCCUGCUGGACCCCCUUGAAGUCCAUCUGCUCGAUUUCCCCAAUAUUUCCAUCCGAGCCUCGGAGCUGCAGCUGCCGUUCCAAGCCGCAAUGAAAGUCGAGAAACUGGGAGAUAUGAUCCUCCGCGCCACUGAACCUCAGAUGGUCCUCUUCAAUCUCUACGACGAGUGGCUCAAGAGCAUUUCCUCGUAUACGGCAUUCUCGCGUCUAGUCCUCAUACUCCGCGCCUUGCACGUCAACCCCGACAAGACGAAGCUCAUCCUUCGACCUGACAAGACUGUCAUCACCCAAAUGCAUCAUAUCUGGCCCACUCUGUCAGACGAAGAUUGGAUCAAGGUCGAAACGCAACUGCGCGAUUUGAUUCUCCACGACUACGGCAAGAAGAACAACGUCAACGUGUCUAGUCUGACGAGCAGCGAGGUUCGGGAUAUCAUCUUGGGUAUGGAAAUAUCUGCGCCGUCGAUGCAAAGACAGCAAGCUGCGGAAAUCGAGAAGCAGCAGCAGGAGCAGCAGCAGCUGACCGCCGUCACGACGAAGACACAGAACGUCCACGGCGAAGAGAUUAUCGUUACCACGACGUCACAGUUCGAGCAGCAGACGUUUGCUUCCAAGACGGAAUGGCGCACUCGGGCCAUCGCCACGUCUAACCUGCGAACCCGGUCUAGCAAUAUCUACGUCUCCUCGGUCGAUAACGACCUGGACGACAUUACGUAUGUCAUGCCCAACAACAUCUUGAAGAAGUUCAUUACGAUAGCCGAUCUUCGUGUACAAGUUGCAGGGUACUUGUAUGGUAUCUCGGCGCCAGAUAACGACCAGGUCAAGGAAAUCCGGUGUAUCGUCAUGGUGCCUCAGAUCGGCGGGUUGCGCAACGUCCAACUGCCCCAGCAGCUUCCGCAGCACGAGUACCUCUCCGACAUGGAGCCCCUGGGCGUGAUCCACACGAUGGCUGGAAAUGAGCUACCGUACAUGUCUGCGGCCGACGUCACCGAACACGCUCGGCUUCUCGACGCCCAUUCCAAGUGGGACAAGGAGAACACGGUGACGAUCGACGUAGCAUUUACGCCCGGAUCGGUCUCCUUGUCCGCCUGGGCACUGACCCCUGCUGGGUACCGAUGGGGUGCGGAAAACAAGGACAUCGGCAGCGACCAGCCGCAAGGAUUCACUACGACGAUGGGGGUGAAGCGCAAGCUUCUGCUCAGCCCGAGGUACCGGGGAUACUUCCUGGUGCCGGAGAACGGCAAAUGGAACUACAGCUUCAUGGGUAGCGGGUUUGCGGGGAUCGAAAAGAAGCCGGUGCACGUCAAAUUAGACACGCCAGUGCUGUUCUACAGCGAUCAACAUCGCCCGCUCCACUUCCAGAACUUUGCGGAGCUGGAGGACAUUGGCGUGGACAGGAACGACAACUUCGCCUAAGCUUUUUUUUUUUUCUUGGUCUAGGCGUGGAAGACGAGGAGACUCGGAUGAUCGGGGACGCACCGAAGAGGAGCGCGUGUGAUGGGAGAUGGGUCCAUGCAUCGGGAAUGGCAUUUCAAAAACUCGGUGAAGAUGACGGUGUACGCGCCCGGGUAGUUUGCAGGCAGAUCAGCAGGCGUUUUCAAGGCGGGAGGGACUCGAAUUACGGACGUCAGGGGAAAGCAGCGCUCAUCGACCCGAGGGUCUGUUUUUAUUUUUCGCUCUUUUUUCUCAUCCUUAAUACUGGCGUUAUGCCGUUGGUACGUACCUUACUGUAAGAUAAUAUCGGCCGUGUAUGCCCUGUAUGCUCUGUAUACGAGACUAUCAUAACCUCCCCCCCUUCCCCCCCACGCAACCAUGGACUCGGAACCGAAAGUAGGCAACUGGUUUUUUUCUUCUCAUCAUGAUCACCAUGUUCCGUACCUGGAUAUACCUAUAAUAGUACAUGAUAGUGCGUCGAAAGGGGGAAAGCUUGGGUCUCCCCAUCCUUUCCCACGCCUCCCCUCGCCUGGCAACCCCCCCCCCCCGGC